AUGACCCCCAUUUUAUUUCAGGAAGGAGCUUCUGGUGAAGGUUGUCCUUUUGGAAACAAAUGUUUUUACAAGCAUCAGCUUCCGGACGGUUCCAUUGAUCCCGGUGAAGCACCUCAUGCAAGAAGAAAGCCUUAUCUAUCCGAUUUCAUAUUCCGCAGAUAUGACAGCGACGAUGGCGAAGGAGAAGAACGGGAACAAGACGAUUUGAUGCAAACCGUAAAUGAUUUCAUAACGCAAAUCCGUGCCAUUCUUUCUGACCGGAAUUCCAGUUAG